AGGCCACCCCCUCCAGUCCCCCGCCCACUUCCUCCUGCCCCAGACCCAACAGGGCCCUCAAGGACUCCUGUCACAAAAUCUAAUUUCGCUAUCUCAGCAAAACCAAGGGGGCCUGCUGUCCACCCACAGCCGGCUGGGGAUGCAGGCACAGAGGGAUAAAGGUGUGGAGGUCGGUGGGGCGGGAGGCGGGGGCGGUUCGAGCUCCGUGACCCCUCACCCCGAGGAGCCCAGUGACCUGGAGGAGUUGGAGCAGUUCGCCCGCACCUUCAAGCAGAGACGCAUCAAGCUUGGCUUCACACAGGGGGACGUAGGUCUGGCCAUGGGGAAGCUGUAUGGAAACGACUUCAGCCAGACCACCAUCUCCCGCUUCGAGGCCCUCAACCUGAGCUUCAAGAACAUGUGCAAACUCAAGCCGCUGCUGGAGAAGUGGCUCAAUGACGCAGAGACCAUGUCCAUGGACAGCACCCUGCCCAGCCCCAGCUCCAUGUCCUCCCCCUCUGGCCUGGGCUUUGAGGGUCUGCCCGGCCGCCGCAGGAAGAAGAGAACCAGCAUCGAGACCAACGUCCGCGUGGCCCUGGAGCGCGCCUUCAUCACGAACCAGAAGCCUACCUCAGAGGAGAUCCUGCUGAUCGCCGAGCAGCUCAACAUGGAGAAGGAGGUGAUCCGCGUGUGGUUCUGCAACCGUCGCCAGAAGGAGAAGCGCAUCAACCCGUCCAGCGCCACCCCGCCCCUGCCCAGCCAGCCCCCCACGGCCCAGGCCACGCACAAGACCCCCUGCUACAGCCCCCACAUGAUGUCCAGCCAGCUGUCCCAAGCCGUGACGAGUCUGAGCAGCACACCAGUAGUGUCCACCAUGUCCUCCAUGUGCCCCCUGACCUCCAGCCUCAGCUCCACCCACCCCUCCCUAAGCUCCACCCACUCCAUCUUGAGCUCAGCCCACCCAUCUUUAAGCUCCGCCUCCUCCCCGGUGACUCCUCCCCCUGCACCUCCACGCAGCACCUCGAGCCCAGCCAUCCCCAGCCAAAGCACACUCAACAUCAACGCAGGCUUAUGGCGCAUGGGUAAAAAGAACGGUGACCUGUCUAACUACAUCACUGAUUUUGCUGCAAACUUGAGGAACACUGUGAUGGGAGUUAACACAGGGCUGAACCAAGCUCUCCUGGGUAACAAUCCCCUGGCCACUAUCCAAGCAGCCCUAGCAGCCAGUGGUGGCCAGCUGCCGCUUUCCAGUCUUGAGAGUGCCAGCAAGAUGCUGUUGGGGUGCGCUCAGGGUCAGGGAGGGGGGCUCCCUUCCUCCCUCUUCCUCAACCACCCCGCCCUGCUCCACAUGGGCCAGAACCCCGGAUUGGUCAGCUCGGCCCUGGCCAAAGCCUCCCACUCCUCCCUCUCCUCCCACUUCCCCUCUGCCAGCAGCAUCAGCCCCACCCUCUGCUCCCCCUCCCCUUGCUCAAGCCCUGCCUCUUCCUGCUCCUCCAGUGAGAUGGCGCACAGCCCGCCCUCUCUGGGAGGGGCCAAGAUUGAGUGACCUCGCCAAAGGUCAAUCAGAGAGGAGAAGGGGUAGGAGGAGGUAAAAGUAGGAGGAGGAGGAGGAGGAAGGGGGACAACGAGAACCUCGCCUUUCACACCAAAGCUAUCUUUCUCUCUCUCUCUCGUGCUCUUCUUCCGUUUUGUUUCACGCCACGCCUCUCGCUCUCUCUCUCCCGGUCUUUCAAUGCCAAAAAAUACACAGAAUGAAAGAGAGGAGAGAGGGAAGGAAAGCAGUGAAAGAGAAGGGGAGAAGAAAGGGGGAGAAGAAAGGGGGAUGAUUAAAACCAAAAAUCUUUAUCUAUCCAAACCGACGGGGAGAGGAGGCAAUGCGGGGAACCCUUUGUCCACACCGCUACCUGUGACCUCUUCCUCUCGCUAGACGUACCAAUGACUCAGCUGACCGCUGAGACGGAAGAGAAGCGGGGCCACGCGGCAACAGCGCAUAAACCAAAAAAUACCAAGAAAUGACAAAAGACAACCUUACGAUGUGACCAUGGAGCGGCGGCGAGAACAAAGGUGUAGAGGAGGACUGGGGUCGCUGUUUCAGGCGUCUUCUUCUUUCGCCGAGCUGCGGGUCCGAGCGAGGAGAAAAGAAGGGUGGAUGUUUUAAACCAAAAAUUUACCUGAGGAGUAAGAGGAGAAACUAACUGACAAAAAAAAAACGACAACCAAACCAAAACCCCAAAUACCAAAAAUACGGAGAGAAAAGCUUUAUUCAAAGGACUUGUAAAUACUAGAAGCUAUCCAGGACCAGAUCUCUACCACUUCUGCUACUACACACAAACACAAAUGCACACACACACACACAUACACACACAAACACACACACACACACACACACACACACACACACACACACACACACACACACACACACACACACACACA